AUGAGUACUUACCAUCUGUUGUGGGAAACAAAGGAGGCACAAUUGCUAAGCAAGCUACAUAUCGCGGAAGGAGCCACAGUGGAUUGCGACGACGACCAGGACACAACCUCUGAUUGCCUAGAAGGCACUCAAGUCAAUACUCUUGAACUGAUUCAACAUUGGCUCGAAUGCCCAAACUACGAGAACAUGUUUUGGCUCUCUGGCAUGGCUGGAACAGGGAAAUCCACAAUCUCAAGAACUGUUGCCAAGGCUUGCCAUCUUAAUCGAAGUAUGGUGAAUCAAAAUCCGCUGCAGAGGAGAAAUGUGGUUCUGGGAGCAUCAUUCCUCUUCGAUAAGAAUGACGAUGAUCGAAAAACAACCAAGCAUCUCUUUACCACUCUUUGCAGGGGCCUUACGGAGCACAUGCCCAAUAUCAAGAGUGAUGUUUGCGAUGUUAUAUCUGCGCACCCGAACAUUGGGAGUGAAUCAAUCAGUAAACAAUGA